AUGACUAAUGAGGAGAUUGAUAAUAAUGAGAUGAUCAGUGGUUUGUCUGGGAAGGAAGCAAAGCUGAAUAAGAAUGUUCGAGAUAGGAGUGCUGCUGUGCUGAACCCAGUUGAAAAUCUCAGUCAAUGGAAGGUUGUAAAAGCAAAAGGGAAACCUUCAUUGGGGCAGCAGAAAGAGAAUCUAACAGUGGAUCAAGAACCCCGGAUUUCGUUUAGCUCGGAGCCUAAUUUUAAGGAAUUGGCAUUCAGUUCGAAGGAAAAGGCUGAUCAAUGUAAGAAGCCAAACCAAGAAGUUGCGGUGGAUGCUAGCUUGUCUAAUUGGUUGGGUUCAUCUGAGUGCACACCAGUCAACAAGCCUGGCUCAACUGGCUUAGAUACCAUUACAUAUGAGAAAAGCAUGCCACUGGGAUCGAAUUCACCAAGAAGCUUUGAUGAUAGGCCUAUUCUUGGUGCACUAACUGUGGAAGAGCUUAAACAGUUUUCGGCUACUUCUUCUCCAAGGAGGUCACCAAGUCGUAGCCCUGAUGAGAUGCCAAUAAUAGGGACUGUUGGGACUUAUUGGAAUCAAAAUAGCUCCGGCAAGGAUUCUGGCUCAGCCCCUUCUUACAAAGGAAUACCAAACACGACCAGCAAAUAUAGAGAGGAUAAGAGAGUGAACUGGCACUCCACUCCAUUUGAGACAAGACUGGAGAGAGCUUUGAAUGGUGAUGCUGCUAAAGGAGGAGCCUACUCAACAACUCACACUUCUAAUAGAGGCGAGGAAUCUAAUACCCCGAGACACCUGCCGGAUGCAAGCGGUACCACCUCAAACACUCCUCUCAAGGGGUAA